AGCUGAUAUAAGUGAUAUAAAUCAGUUAGUGUUUAGUAAGCCUCGCACCCCGCAUUAUCCCGCAGAGCCACAAAACAAUGACGACUAAUUUAGAUCAGGGCAGCACAGUGGCCGUAGUUGGUGCUACAAAAACAAUAGCUCGACCCAGCCCACUGGCAAUCAAUGUGCCAACGCCUUUGGUCUCCAUUGACGGGCAGACACCUCCAACCCCAAAUCAUAAGAGCACCAUCGUCAUCGAGAGUCAGCCGAAGCGGCGUGUCAGCAUUGUUUCCGAGGUCCCGGUGCUAGGACAUAAUAGUGCCGGAUAUGAUAAUCUCGCCUUUGAUUUUCCACACCCACGUAAAGUGUCACAGACUUCAACACAUUCACACUGGAUCGGAGCACCUGGACGUAGGAGAAGCAUCUUGAAGGAUGUUGUGUCCCAUGAAAAUGAGUGCGAUCGUGUCUCGACGAACAGUUAUGAGAUCUACAAGCAGAGUGCGCUGGACGUGCUUAAUGCCAAUUAUAAUGGCUUGCAGGCGGUCCAAGGAGUGCAGGAUAACAAUGGGAAUUAUGUGGAACAGUCGUGGAUAUAUAAUUAUUGUCUCAAGUGUCGCAAGCAGGAGCCAUCCGAGUCAUGGGAGCCACCGUUCUGGCAAAAGGUCUUUCCCUAUCCACUGUGCCCCACCUUCAGGACAUUCUCCCGCCUGACUUCCCUCACAGUGAUUGGUGCUCUACUUUGGAUAACCUCCUUUGUGAUUAUUGGCAAAUCAGCUGGUCCUGGCGGGCAGCUUUUUGACCUUGUUGUGCUUACGGUGGCUGCUAAUUUUGGUGGCUAUCUAAUAUCAUUGUCCACUCUGCCACGCCUCCUCGGUAUGCUCCUGGUAGGCUUAUUGUUUCAGAACGCCGGCUGGGUCGAUUUCGAUGGCGAGUUCUCCAAGGUCAUCGCCCAUUUGCGUAAAUUUGCCCUCACCAUAAUCCUAACGAGAGCUGGCCUCGAAAUGAAUCCGAAUGCCUUCAAGAAGGUGUACAAGACAAUUCUCAAGCUGGGCAUUGUGCCAUGGUUUGUGGAGUUCGGUGUCUUGGUGUUAAUGUCGCACUUCCUGCUCGGCUUGCCCUGGAUUUGGUGCUGCAUGCUCGGCUCCAUAAUGGCGGCCAUUGCACCCGCUGUAGUCGUGCCCUGUUUGUUCCGGCUGCGCACCAAGGGAUAUGGAGUGGCCAAGGGCAUACCCACUUUAGUUGUGGCCGUGUCUGGGGUGGACGAUGCUCUCUCGGUGGCCGCAUUCGGCAUCAUCAAUACGAUCAUGUACUCAGAUCGUGGACAUCUUUAUCUGUUUGCUCAGGUGCCCGUCUGUAUCGUUGGCGGCCUGGGUUUUGGCAUCGUCUGGGGUUCGCUGGCACGCAUCUUUCCCGAGAGGGGAGACGCGUAUGUGGUGCCGUUGCGGACGAUGAUGCUAUUCAUUGGCAACUUGGUGGCCAUCUAUGGCAGCGGUAAGCUGGGCUUUGAGGGCGCUGGUCCGCUGGCUGUUGUCUUCUCAUCAUUCAUAUCGAAUUACUUCUGGUGCAAGGAUGGCUGGACCAUCGAUGACAAUCCGGUUGGCACAGGCUUCGAAAUCUUCUGGAUGAUCUUCGAGCCCAUUCUGUUUGGCUUGACGGGCGCCACAAUCAAGUUGCGCGAGCUGGAUUCAAAUUUGAUUUACAUUGGUGCUGUGUGCAUAUUCACCGGGGUCAUCGUACGCAUCUUUGUCACAGCUGGCAUCGCUGUUGGCGAUCGUCUCAAUACCAAGGAGAAGUUCUUCGUAGGCCUGGCCUGGAUGGCCAAGGCGACGGUUCAGGCUGCACUGGGACCGGUGGCUCUUAGACAUUUGGAUGAAACAUCCACAGAAGAGGACCGCAACUGGGCAAGAAUUGUGCAAACAAUAUGCAUUUUAAGUAUUUUACUUACAGCUCCCUUGGGCGCUAUUCUGAUAUCCGUGACUGGGCCCAGGAUGCUGACAAAGACGAAGCAGGCACAGGCACUCACCGGCUGGCGUCGUCCUUCCAUACGCGACAUCAGCAUUAUCGAUGAGGAAGAGGAACGCGAGGAUCCCGAGACUCCCACUGAAAAGCAGACUCACGACAAUACCCAAAGCAAUGCACAUAUUCCCAACUUAUCGUUUACACUCAACAAGUAGUUAGGAGUUGCUCAAACUAAGUUUAACUUUUUAAAAUGCGAGUAAUUCAAAUUAUGAUCAUAUAAAUAUAAAC